UUGAAGGGGUCAUUUAUUUCCAUCUCGAAUCCCGACUGGUCACCUACGCUGUCAGUCAAGGCCGUUUCCUUGCCACCAAACUUGGUUGAGCGGUCAGUGCUGCAGCGGUAUAAAGACUAUGUGAAUGAAGGUACGUUACAGAAAUGGUGAAAUCUGCCUUGUCCAAGAAGCAAGAGGCCAAGAGCUUGAGAACUAUGUCUGAGAUGCCGGGUCCUAGCGCUCUACGAUUUGCACAUGAUUUGUUCUUCAAGAAAGGGCUGGCCAGGUUACAUGAGAUGCAGCUGGAGGGGAAGGCAAAGUAUGGUCCUGUGUGGAAGGCACGUUUUGGGCCUAUCUUGACAGUACACGUGGCAGAUCCAUCAUUAAUCGAACAAGUCUUGCGGCAGGAAGGGACACUUCCAAUCCGUUCUGAUUUAUCAUCUUGGAAAGAUUACAGACAAUAUAGAGGGCAUGCUUAUGGACUCCUCACAGCAGAAGGAGAGGAGUGGCAGAGGCUCCGCAGCAUGCUCAGCAAACACAUGCUGAAACCAAAGGAAGUGGAAGCAUACGGUGGUGUCCUCAAUGAAGUUGUGACUGACCUGAUCCACAGGCUCCGGCACCAACAAACCAAGAAUGACCAGGUCUUGGUGAAGGAUCUGGCAGAAGAGUUUUAUAAGUUUGGAUUAGAAGGUAUCUCUUCGGUGCUCUUUGAGACACGGAUUGGCUGCCUCAAGUCUGAUGUUCCCAAGGAAACAGAAGAUUUUAUCCAGUCCAUUAACACCAUGUUUCAAAUGACACUCAUCACCAUGGCAAUGCCGAAGUUUCUGCACAAAAUCUACCCAAAACCUUGGUGCAAAUUUAUUGCCUGCUGGGAUUACAUGUUUUCUUUUGCUAAAGGACACAUAGACCGAAGAAUGGCUGAAAUUCAACAGAAAGUAGCUAGAAAGGAGCCAAUCGAGGGGAAAUACCUGACUUACUUUCUGUCAUCGCAGAAUCUCCCCAUGAAAACUAUUUAUGGCAAUGUCACAGAGUUGUUACUCGCUGGUGUAGACACAAUUUCCAGCACGAUGUCGUGGACAUUAUAUGAGUUGUCCAGGCACUCAGACAUUCAGGCAGCCCUCUACCGAGAAAUCAAAGCAAUAGUUGGAGACAAACAAAUCCCCUCAGCCACUGAUGUGGCAAAGAUGUCCCUCAUGAAAGCUGUUGUGAAGGAAGUACUGAGGCUUUAUCCUGUAAUCCCAGGAAAUGCUCGUGUGAUUCCAGAUAAAGAUAUCCAAAUUGGAGAAUACAUCAUUCCCCAAAAAACUCUGAUUACGCUGUGUCACUAUGCAACCUCACGAGAUAAGGAAGUCUUCCCCAAUCCUGACUGCUUUCAGCCCAAACGAUGGCUUCACAAGGAUCAGAGUUUUCAUCCCUAUGCAUCCAUCCCAUUUGGAUUUGGCAAGAGGAGCUGCAUUGGAAGAAGAAUUGCAGAGUUAGAGAUCUACCUAGCACUGUCUCGAAUUCUAAUCCACUUUGAGGUGAGACCAGAGUUUAAGGGAGGCAUCGUUAAGCCAAUGACUCGAACUCUGCUGGUGCCAGAGCAGGAAAUCAAUCUACAAUUUAUUGACAGAUGACCAUGUCCACAGGACUCUUUCACAGUUAAAACUAAGAAAAAGAAACUUGCCAAAUCAGGUUAUAUCAUUUAGCCAAUUUGAUGGGGAAUCAUGAGUGGGCCAUUGUCAGCCCAGUGCUGAAUCCACAAAUAUGACCAGUGCAGCCCAAAGGCUGAGGCCACAAGGUCUAAAUGCUCGUGGUAAUUGGAGAAAAGACUGUAUAUCACAUAUACAUUAUAACCUUACCAUGUCUUCGAAAAAUUUCAAGAUGUUUCACAAUCAACUAAGUUGAAAUCUGCGGACCAUUUCAUUUGGAAGUCAUCUUUGGAAAGUGAAAACUCUCUCAAACUGCAAAAAUAUGGGACAAUAUUUAUUGACUAAGCUAGGAAGGGCAGACCAGGUUGAAAAGAUUUUAGUCCACCUUAAUUUAGUUUUUAUUACUGGGUUACAAUGCUGAGGGCAUGGAUGCAUUGGCAAGGGGAUAUACUGAUUUUUGUUUAAUAAGGUCCUCUGGCUAGAUGGUGUGGCCCCCAUUUUCAGGGUGGUUGUACAAAUAAUUUAACUUGCACUGAACAUAUUACACAAACUGUUGCAAAUUAUUGAGAUAAAAUAAUGAAAAAAUUAAUCACACCAUAUUCCUGGUAAAUAGAACAAGUUGAAUUCAGGAAUUUAUUAAUGGUCGAGGUGGUGACCUUGAGAGAGCAGUGCUGGUAGAUUAUGGUUGCCAGAAAUUUAUUUGAAAACAGGAAGGUGAAUAACACCAUAAUAUCUGUUGGGUACAAAUAGUUCUUUUUAUAGACGUUGCAAAAGUGAUUUGUUAGAGCACUUCAACCAGUGACUGAAACAUAGUCCAACAGACAACAACACUACACUCCUUCCUGAAAUACGCCAUCACCACCAUGUCACCUGGUGUAAUGAUCACUGAUCAAUUCUAUUCAAAUCUGGGCAAUGAUCUUCCUUUAAUUUCAAGUCUUAGUUUUGUCUUCUUUGAAAGGGAAUUUUGACAAUUUAUCCUCAUUUUGUAUCUGAGACACUAGUAUCAGUAGAUAUGGUUGUUUUGUGUGCAUUUGUUUGACUUUCAGUGUAAAUGUGUGCAAUGAUUUGAAAUUCUUUUAGGCAUAUGUACAUUGUAUUGAUAAUUUAAAAUAUUUCGUAAUUUUGAUUUUUGAAGUCUGUUUAGAAUGAGAUUAUCCAGUUAUACACUACAGAUCAGACUGGGCAAAGAUGGCAGAUUCCAAUCAACCCUCACACACUCGGGGGAAUUGGUGGUAUAGUGGUAAAGUCACCAGACUAGUAACCCAGAACCCAAGCAUGUUUCCAGGAAAUGGGUUCAAAUCACCUCAGGGCAGAUGGUGAAAUUUGAAUGCAAUAAAAAUCUGGAAUUAGAAGCUAAUGGUGACCAGGUAACCAUUGUCAAUUGUUAUAAAAAACUCCUCUGAUUCAAAAUAUCUUUUUAGGGAAGGAAAUGUAUUGUUUUGGCCUACGUGUGAUUCCAGACACACAGCAAUGUUGGUGACUCUUAACAACCCCCUGGGCAAUUAGGGAUGGGUAAUAAAUGCUGUCCUAGCCAGCAAUGCUCACAUCCCACGAAUGAACUAAAAACCACAAGCACAGACCGUAGUGAAUUAAACAGGCUGGCUGUUUUGUAAGUCAUUGAAACUAACUUUUUAUCCCAGACCUAUUAUCCCAGGCCACUGUGCUACUGUCUCCAUGUUUUAAAAAAAGCACUAAUCAUUUGCAAAUAAAA